AUGUUUAAAAUUUUUAUUAAAUUAAUUUUAUUAUUUCAAUUGUUUGAAUGGACAUUGGGUUAUCAACAAAAUAUUGCUUUGUAUUAUAAAUUAUUAAAUGAACAUUAUGAUACGUUCAAAACUAUGCAAGAUGUUGAUAGCUAUGUUCAGGGAAUGAAUGAAUUGUGUUCUAUUCACAGAAAAAUUAUGGCUUAUAAACGGGAUGAUUUGCCCAGUGAGGAUAGUUUAAAUGAUUGGCAAUUUUCUACAUCCCUUGGAAAUCCAGAACAUUUACCUUACCUUCUCGAAGGAGAUAUGGUAUUGAGUGCAGAACAAAUUCAAUUAAUUGUCGCUGACUUUCGUUCACAAUUAUCCAAAAUAGAGUAUUGUCAAGCAAAUAAUUGUAAUGAAAGGAGGAAGCGAAUUUUAACGUCAGAUUUAAGCCGUCGCUGGAAGGAGUUCCCAAUUCCUUUUAUUAUCCAACCAGACGUUAAUCGACAAGCUAUACUCGAAGGAAUUGCAAAUUGGGAAAGAACUACUUGCAUUACUUUUGAAGAGAAAGAAGAAUUGCCUUCUGAUUCGUCUGGUUUAAAUUUUGUUUUUGGAGAGGGUUGUUUUUCAAAUGUUGGAAUGGUUAAAGGACGUAAUCAAAGAAUUGGGAUUGGAAGGAAUUGUGAUAAUCCGUUUGUGGUUAGCCAUGAAAUAGCACACGCCCUCGGCUUCUUCCACGAACAGUCCCGGUGGGAUCGAGAUGAUUAUGUUGAAAUUCAAUUUAACAACAUUCUCCCCGGCUUUUUAAACCAAUUCCUCAAAUUUUCUUUUUCCUUAACCACAACAUUUGGAAUUAAAUAUGAUUUGGGUUCUGUUAUGCAUUACGAUGCUUUUGGAUAUGCUAAAGAGGGGAUGGCUACUAUUCUUACUAAUGAUGUAAAUUAUCAGGAGACUAUAGGCCAACGAUUUCGUUUGUCAUUUGAUGAUGUUAAGAAGAUGAAUUUUGCUUAUUGCAAUGCAAGCUGCCCCUUUCAACUUCCUUGUCUUCAUUCUGGUUAUACAGACCCCAAAAAUUGUUCAAAAUGUCGUUGCCCUGACGGCCUAACAGGUCUUUUAUGCAGCAAAGUUGCAAGGACAAAAACUUUAUGUGGAGAUCAACUAAUUUUUAAAAGCGAAGAAAAAUAUAAAAAAUUACAAUUUAAAGGUGUUGGGGAAUGCAAUUAUUUAAUUAAGGCACCUAGUGAUUCGCGUAUUUGUCUUUCAAUGGAUAUUAUUCAUUUUAGAGACCAUUGCCAACAAAAUUCUUUUGUAGAAAUUCACUACCAAACUUCUUUGGGGAGAACUGGAGCAUUGUAA